UUCAUAAUAUAAUAAUUUAUUAGCAAGAGAAACGCAAAUCAAAUAAUCUAUUGUCAUGUUAUCUAUAUUUUAAAUAAUAGUUAGUGGAUGUAUAACUAGUGUAUAGAAAUUGCUAUUAAUUAUUGCGAAUCACAAGUAGUUGAUCAUUAGAGGAAUAACAAUUAAUAACAGGUAUCAGAAGGUUUAGUCAAGAUAUAGAAUACUGGAAUUGUGUAUUCUGUCACGAAAAAUAUUAUUGCAAACGCGAAAAUCAUCUAGAGAUGUUCUCGCAAAAUUCUUUGCACAAAAAUCGAAGAUUAUGGAAUGACACUGAAAAAAUUAUCAAUGACACCGUGUCAGGAAUACUGUUGUUGCAUCAAAAUCUCGUUUUCAUUGACAGUUGCAAGACAGUUGUACGGCAGGAUCUUGAUAAACUGAAUGGCAAGGUUAAAAUUAUUGGAGGAGGAUCAGUUGUUGAAGGGCUCAUGUACGCGGGUUUUGUAGGCCCAGGAAUGUUGACUGGAGCCGUAUUAGGACUACAUCAGAGUCUAUCAUACACACCUUCAAGUGAUAGUAUUCUGGAAGCAAUAAAUCACGUAGUCUUAAGUGAUCAAGAAAAGGCUGCUGGAGUUUUAUUAUUAGUUCACGACUGUCCAGAAUUCUAUUUGAAUUUUUACGAAGCAAAAACGAAUGCAGAAAGCAAUGGCAUUUCUGUGAAAAUGGUUCUUGUAAGAGACGAAGUAAGUGAAAAAUUAAAUCAAAAGCCGGUUUCUAGUCCAAGAAGUCCCUCAGGGCUUCUGUUAUUAUACAAAAUUGUGGGAGCCAUGGCUGAAGAAGGAAGUAAUUUGGAUGAAAUUUUUAAUGCAUGCCACGAAAUAAUCAGAAAUAAAUCAAUAUUUAGCACUGCAGUGUAUGUCAUGGAAUCUUAUGACGAGCCAGCACAAAUUCAAAUUACUAGAGGAGAUGUAAUAUCAGAUCGUGACAAAAAAAAUUUUACGAUAGAAAACUCGUCUACAAACGAAAUAAUUAAAUACGUAAUUGAUGAUUUAAUAAAUUGUCAAGAGUUUACCCCAGGCUCCAAGCUUGCCAUAAUACUCGACUAUUUUAAUGGAUUUAGUGAAUUAGAAGCAAAUAUUGUUAUUAAAGAACUGGUUGGGCAGUUGAAUAGUUUACGGUUUAAAGUCAGAAUACUCUACUGUGGAUCGUUUCACGUGUCUGUAGAACUGAAAGGUUUUCACGUAUCGUUUUUAAACAUGUGCAACUUGAAAUAUUUGUAUUAUUUAAAUGUGCCAACUUCAGCUUAUGCUUGGCCCAAAACGAACAGUAGACAAAUAUUAUUAAAGCUUCCUAGUAAUAACGCGAAUCAGGAAAAGAGUAAUAAACGUAAGCCUGAAAACGAAAGCCAUCCAAAAGUUGAUACAAAAGUUUCAACUGAUGUAAAUUUACAAGAAACUUAUGUACUACUGACAGCUAUUCAUUACGCUUGUGAAGCAUUGAUUGCUUGUUUUAUGAAAAUUGAUAUGUUGGACAUUCCGGAUAUACCUCCAGAAGUCGAAAGAUGUGGUACACGCUUGGCUUUUACUGCUGACUUGAUAAAAACUGAAAUUCGCAAAAAUAAAUUUGCCGGCAUGAGCUCGUCCCAUAUAUUAUUUAAUAUAGCGUACAUAUUUGACUACUACAGAACAGAUGCACAAGCUGAGCUGUACAAAUUGUUUCUUAGCACUGUAGGAAAAGAAUUGAUGAAUAAGAACAAUUUGGACACUGAUGAUUGGGUGAAUGCAUUCGUCAAAGCUACCAGCUCCAUUGGCCAAAUAAUUCAGGGCUCUAAAUUUUUUGAUGCACUUGAUGCGGCCAGGAUCGCUUUUUGCGAUGCUUACGGAAAAAACGUCGACGUCAUUGAAGCUUUGGGACAAGCAGUACAUGCAGCGCAAAUAUUAACUUCGCGCAUUAUUUUAGAAUCAGGAGAAAUACCUUCCCAUCUAAUCAAUGCAACAGACUAUGGAUUUAUUGAACUUGCUGGAGCACAUGCAGUUGGCGUUUGGAUGAGAGGUGCUUACGAAGGGAUAAAACUCGUAUACGCGAGUAAACAAUUUGUCCAACGCAAAGGAUUAAACAAUAUGGAAUCGGAAGGUGCUGCAUCUAAGAGACAUAGAUACGAGUACGAUUAAAAAAAAAAAUUGUCCACAUCUGUAAGUUUAUUCGUUUUCGAUCCAACAUAUUAUUACAUGGUUUAUGAAACUUUAUUUAUUCACUGAAAUGAUACCUGUGAUAGCUCCAAGACCGCCGUAAAAUCUGCUGUUUCUAUUUUUAUAACGUCAAUGAAUAAAAAAUCUCUCAUAGUAAUUAAAUAAUUUUUUUUAUAAAAACAUACGUGUCUUUCAUUUCCACACUGACAUUCUAUGAUUAAUUUAAAAGUUUACCUAAA